CUAUCCUUGGCGAGUGCGUCAAGCAGGCCAACUUGGCGUAAUAUUUUCUCUCGAGUAUAAUAUUUUCUCACGUGGGUUGUGCCCGUAAAUGAAAGCAAUGCACAUGUGGGGUAAUAUGCCAGAAAUAUGCGCCAGCUGAAAUUCAAAUAAACGAUAUUAAACUCAUACAAAUACACUUUAUCUCAACCAUGGUCAAACUCGCUCUUUGCAUCAAAGCUGAUCUCAACAACGUUACCGACCUGCGUCCGGCGGACUCUGAGUAUAGCUGGAACUUUAAGAUCAAGUGCACGAGCUGCCACGAAGUCAGCGAAAACACCGUCACCAUUGCCUCUGGUGACAACAACCAGAUCUCGGGCAGCCGCGGCGGAGCCAACCUGGUGAUGCGGUGCAAAUUCUGCAAGCGCGAAGGCUCGGCGUCCAUUGUUGACGGGCCAUUCCCCUACACGGAGGAAGACAACGGCUCGAUGAAGCGUGUGCUGAUUAUUGAGUGCCGCAAUCUGGAGCCCGUGGAGUUUGAACCCCGCGACGGGUGGGUUGCCAAGGGCCUAGAGUCGACCACGGUGUUUGAUAUUGAUCUGACAGAGAAGGAGUGGUAUGAUUAUGACGAGAACGCCGCCACGGAUGUGUCGAUUACCGAAAUGAGCUUUGAUUUUGUGCGCGCGUAAGGAUGAGCGGUAUUUUUUUGAUUAAAAGUAGACCCAGUUC